AUGGAAGCGGUUCCUGGUGAUAUUACUACCAUUAAAGAAGACCUAGCCUCUGUGAAUAAUUUGCUGUCCAGUUUGGAGCCUCGUAUUUGCGAGUCAGAGAAACGUAUUGAGGCCUUGGAACAGGAGCUGGGUGUACUUAAGAAUCAGUCCAUUAAUUCUUCUGGGUUGGACUCGGGUAGCCUUGAGGUGACUUUAGCUGAACUCCAUGAACGUACUCGUAGAUCUUCAAAUGUGAUGGUUUUCAAUUUGGAAGAAUCCCCUAGUGCUGAUGUAGCAGUGAGAAAACAACAUGACAUGGACUUUAUCUCAAAACUAUUCUCUCCAUUUCUUCCAUCCUUUUCUCCUGUGGGUGCUAGAUCUCUUCGUGUUGGGAAAAAGAAACAGGGGUACACUAGGCCACUCAAGGUGAUAUUGGGUAAUCCUGCUGAUGCUUCAACAGUCAUAUCUAAAUUCAAUGCCGAGUUGUGUGAUCCAUUGCUAUCCAAAGUUAGACUAUCUAGAGAUAGAACCCCAUUUGAGGCUAACCAUCUGAAAACUUUAAAUGCCGAACUGGCCAAUCGAAAGUCCAGGGGUGAGGAGGGGCUUACAAUCAAAUAUAUCAGUGGGGUCCCAAAAAUUGUGAGUAAUAAGCAAAAAAACGCAUAAGUUCCAACGGUACACCAAAGAACUAUAGUAUUUAUUUUCAGAAUGUCAAUGGGUUGAGGUCUAAAUUAACUGAUUUGUCUCUUAAUGCUUCAGUCACGGCAUAUGAUAUGAUUGCCUUUGUAGAGACUAAUCUUAGUUCUGAUAUUAGUGAUAGUGAGCUUGGUCUUGACUGCUACAGCAUGUAUAGAUGUGACAG